GUCCCCGAGCGCCGUCGUUUUAGAUCCCCACCUCGCAACCCCUCCUAUAUAUUGCUAGCGUUUCUUAAACUGACCCCCCGUGUUUCACAAUUUCUCCAGAAAACAAUUUUUUCCUCGUCUCUAUAGCAAUGGCCGGAGCAGUCGCCCUGGCGAACUCUCCCGUAUUCUCGCCUAGGGUUCCUCCCAUCUUCUGCAAAACCCCGUCUUCACCCUCUCCCGAACUCGUAAAAUCUCCUACUGCUUCGUUUUUGUUUUCGUCUCCUCCUCCUUCGCCCCUGACGCUGCGGCUCCAGAAGCAGCUCACCGGCCUCAGGGACCGCACGCAGGAAGCCUCGGCCUCGCCGUCGGCGGCUUCGGUUUCUUCGACUAUUUUGAAGCGGAAGAGACCUGCUAAGAUUAAUGUUCCGAUUGCUCCGUUGAGUCUGUUGGCCGUCGAGACCCCGGCGGUCGUGGACGCGUUGGACGAGAUGGAGGCCGCAGGCGACGGCUAUUCUGUGUAUUGUAAGAGAGGACGGAGGGCCGUCAUGGAGGAUCGGUACUCUGCUGUUGUUAAUAUUCACGGGGAUUCUAAGCAGGCAUUCUUUGGUGUUUUUGAUGGGCAUGGGGGUGAGAAAGCUGCAGAAUUUGCUGCAAAAAACUUGGACAGAAACAUUAUGGAGGAAGUGACAAGAUGUGAAGAGAAAAUUGAGGAUGCAAUUAAAAGUGGCUAUUUAACCACAGAUGCAGAGUUUCUGAAGGGGGAUUUGGUUGGUGGUACAUGCUGUGUUACAGCAUUGAUACAUAAAGGUGAUCUUGUGGUCUCAAAUGCAGGCGAUUGUAGGGCUGUGAUGAGCCAGGGAGGUGUUGCUGAGGCCGUCACCUCCGAUCACCGGCCUUCAAGGGAAGAUGAGCGAGACAGGAUUGAAAACCUGGGUGGUUAUGUGGAUUGCUGUCGUGGUGUUUGGAGAAUACAAGGGUCUCUUGCUGUAUCAAGGGGCAUUGGGGACCCACAUCUUAAAAAAUGGGUGAUAGCAGAACCAGAUACUAAAAUCAUCAAGAUUAGUUCCGAAUGCGAGUUUAUAAUCCUUGCUUCUGAUGGUCUAUGGGACAAGGUCAUGAAUCAGGAAGCAGUAGACAUGGUUCGCUCAUUAUGUAUAGGUGUUGAUAAGCCGGAGCCACUUUCUGCUUGUAAAAACCUUGCAGAACUGUCUGUGAGUAGAGGCUCAGCUGAUGACGUGACCGUGAUGGUAAUCCAAUUAGAUGGCUUUGUUUUGUGAUUCAUUUCUAGGUGGAGAGGUGUUCAUUCAGAUGAAGAUGGAUGCAUAUCCUGCAAGUGUUUUUUGAACAGGCUUGCAGCAGCAUCACAGGAUAGAAAGAAGGCCAGUUCCUUUGGGAAACCCCCCUACUUUUUUGUUUAGUUACCAACAAAUACUUGGUAGUAGCUUUUAAUAUUGAUGAUCAAUACAACACUUUGGUAGUAGCUUUUAACAUUGAGGAUCAAUAUGUAGAAAGGCAGGCCUUUUAUUUAUUUUAUUUUAAGUUGUCAUACCUGUAAUUUUACCCCAUUUGAAAUUAAUGAAAGUAGGUCGUCUCUUAUUACUGAUAA